AGGUUACAAGUUUUUGAGGCAGGGUACGAAUACAUAUUCCUUUUUGCAUAUAAGUACUUAGUUUGCUUAAUGUUUCUAAACGGUGCAGCCGUUUCUGUGGAACAUAGUGUUCUAUAGUAGAGAUAAAUAUAAGAUUUUAUUCAUAAUCGAUCAAUGAUUUUUUGAGUGCUUCAAUCGGUUGAGACACUGGUCAACCGAUGUGUUAGAAACGCUAUAUCGCCCUAGACGUUUCGCUGAAUAUCACCUCAAAUUCCCCAAAGUUUGCAGUGAUUUGCCGAAUUAGAGUGAACAAGCUGGAGCAAUCGACCAACUAAGUUACAUACUCAACUGUAUUUAGACUACAGACGUUAAUCGUAGUAUGAGACGGCUGUCGAAAGUGUCAUACAAUACAGAAUGGUUAUGUUAUUUUUUGGCAUUGCUUUUUUAUACUGAACUGAGUUUUUAUCAAACCUUUACAUCACUAAUUUAAUUUGUCAGUGUACGGUAUGUGCCUAUCUAUGUAUAUUUGUGCUAUCUUUUCUGUAACAUUUUGAAUCAUUUCUCUCGAUAUAGGAAUUAACAUAGAAUAACCAUGUAUUGGUCUGUUGUAAGCUGUAACGAUGUACUCAUAAGGACACUAAAUUCUGAAGGUCAGUCAUGUCAUUACAUCAGAAAAUUUGAAGCUCUCCCUUGUGCAAAUUUCUAAUGUUAUUCAAACGGCAAUCCCAGUUACUGAUUAACUAAUACUUUAGUGAACCCAGUCUUUUAUCCUUACUCGUAGUAUAAUGCUUGAUUCAAUAGUAUAUUGCAUUACCGUUAAAACCUAAAUUUACUCAGCAAUAGGUGACAGUUACUAGAGUCAGAAAACUAGUGGCUGCAUGGUUUCUACUUAAAAUUAGGGGGAUGGUUGCACGAACAAAGGUCGGUAGGUUUCGUUUUUUCAUAUCACCCAUACUUCGUCCAUUCAGCCCUUAAGGUUCGCAUUGUUGGUAGGAUCCUCCUACAACGCAAAUAAUAAAAGGGAAACAAAGGCGAACUUCAGGGAAAUGUCUUUUUGAGAGAUCGGUGUGAAUAUACGCAACAAUCCAUCAAAUUAUUACCUUUUUCCCAGACUGGAAUAGAUACUCCAGAACGAUAAACUAAAACGGGUUGGGCGUCAUUACCUAUCAUUGUUGGCAGAGAAGUUUUAGAACGAAAGUCAGAUCACCUAGAUGAUUCUGUCAACUUGGGUUUCUCAGAAAUGCAAGAUGGAUAAAGCUGGGCAAAAUAUUCCAAAUUUAAACCACGAAACUCCCACCUCCCCAGUUAUCAAGUAUGUUAUCGAUUCAUAUGUGUUUAAAUAAGCCCAACCAAAGUAGUGUCAUUUCCAUCAACCAGUGCUUCGACACCUAAUAACGAUGCAAUCUAGGACGAGUAAGUUUAGUAUGAGACUGAAUUUAGUUUCACAGAUUAUCAAAGAUAAUAACAUGGCGAAGCUGUCCUUGGAUGUGGUCGAAUUGCCUGCAAAUAUGAGACAAUAUGCUGGACGUCGAAAAUACAUUCUUGACUUUUUCGUUGACUUUUCUUGCUGUGGUGUUUUAUGUUCAGUAAGACAGACGUAUAAGUACUCGUACGAGAGUAUGAUUCGAGUCUAAACAUUUCCUCCAGAAUAAGCGCCAGUCUUUAAUCGAACCUCUCCAACGAUGGUCUAUCGUUGAGUCGAUUAUGGGAGUCGCAACUUCAGAUGGUGUCUUACCUUACGCUUAAAGUUGGUGCCUGCUUGAAAUAGACAGUCCCCAUUAUCUGUUCACCAAGCCGUAAGACCCUCACAAGCGCCUUUCGGGUUGGUUUAGUUUGCCUACUUGAGCAUUAAAAUCACCUCGCACCAUUACUAUAUCAUAGCCUUCAGCUUUUUGAAAGAGGUUGGAUAGCUUUCUACGAAAUUCAUCUUUGACUUUAUGCGAACUGCAAUCAUCGGGAGCGUAGGCAGAGGCAAAGAAUAUGCAACAAUGUGUGCUAUUUUUUCGAUUACUUAUUGUCCCUCACAGACGACUGUCUAUUGGGAUCCAGCCUAACGGACACUUCUGCUUUUGAACUUAACACCAGCGAGGUCAAGAGAAGUAGCAGUGGGGUUUCCAGAUACUCGAAUUGUAAUUCGUGCUGGUUAUUUAUGUUUGACGUGGUGAGGUCAUAUGAAUGGCUGUACUUGGAUCCUAUAUGUGCGUUUCGAAGACGCAGCCUACGUUGAUAGCGUGAGAUUGUAGAGUCCUAGCUAAGAAAGUCUGUUGCUUUAUUCGACACAAAUUUCGAACAUUAAAAGCUAUAAUAUGUAGUUUAGAGAGUAGUUUCAGGAAACCAGAAAUAACACUUCUCAAGCGCAAAUCAUUAGCAUUGGUGGGGUGUGAUGAUAUGCCAGAAGGACUGAUUGUAGGGAUGGAAGAAUUAUUACGAGUUGAGUGAGGGGUUUUGUCGUGAACAAGAUGACCUCAGGCGCUGACAAGGGUAUACGGGUAGUUGUUACUUCCCAGCUGUUCAUACCGCGGAAGGGUAUUCCCUCUUGAGACCUGAAAACAAGGCUGAGUUGGCGAUGAGCUUAGUGACCUGGGAGUGUGACCAGAGAGUUCAACAACUGCUUGUGACCGGUCACGCACGUAAUAUUUUAAUAUUAUCGACAACUUUGUGUAGAAUUUGUUGAUGAAUCGUCUUCAUAUAAACCACUGUUUUUUAUGUUGGGUGCGCAGAUAGUUCGGUUGCUCUUGGGAAUUAAAAGGGAGUUCCCGAAGUAUUUGGACGGUACAAAAGUGAUUUGUUGAGUUUUGCAAAAUGUUGACUGUUUAACGUGUUUAUUCUUGAUAAAAAUGAACAAAUUGGUGUUAGUUUUGAGGAAGGUAAAAGUGUUAGUUACGAGACAUGUCAGUGGGUUAAUUUUGGAGAAAAUCAGCAUCAUUUACUCCGGGCUGCGGAAAAGUGGUAAUUUGAUUCAUUGUCGCAUAUAUUCACACCGACUUAUCGUAAGGAUUUUCCCCAAAGUUCGCCUUUAAUCCCCUUUUUUGUUUGCUUGUUGUUGUUAGAGCUGCGAGCUGAACAUAUCAUAUAACCCGUAUAAAGGAAUUUUUCCCAUAUAAUUCGUCGAGCUGUAAUAAAAUAAUUAGGUUAAAUAAUGGUUUAACUAAACAAAAUACUUUUGUUUGUUCCGUCUAAGGACUUUCUGAUUUCGUCUGAUUCAGGAAUAUCAGGUAGUGGACACUUAUUUGUAUCGGCUGUAUUUUUUAAUACCAACCUGCAUUAGUGAGAUAGUGCUAUCAGUUGAUGCGUCACUUUAUUAACCACAUAUGAGUUUCCAGACACAUUCCAGUUACUUCGGUGUUAAUGAUAGUCCCCACAGAAUAGCUGCUUAACAAAGCAGUUUCUAAACUUAUCUACUACAUACUCAGUGAUUCCAACUCGUGGUUAAUUAAGUACUUCAUAAUCACUUAAAAGUCAAGCUUAGCCGGCGCCUUGACAGGUACGUACUUUUCUCAAAGAAACCUCUCGAUAUUUGCGCCUAUAUACAUAAAGUCAGGCAUUGUUUUAAUUAGUAGUCUAGCAAUGAAGGAGGAGAAUAAAAUAGAUUUUCAGGGGGUUAAUAUACUAAACCUAUUUCUCAGACUCUAUUUGGUUUGAUAUUCGUUUAUACUGAAUGUUUUUAAGACAAACGUUUUGGUGAAUUUUCCGCUUUUUAAUUGUGGUAAGACUUACUUAUUUUUUCCAGAUCAUUUUCGGAUUGAAAUAUGAGCAAAGAUCACAAACCACGCGUUCGCAAACGAGCAACACAUAUUGUAACUGAUUCGAGGCCACGGCAUAAUUACGGAAGUGAGAAACCACUGUUUGUCUAUUCAUGUAUCUGUGGUCAAAUGUCACUGAUAAUUGACUGUCUAGUUGAGAAACUACCAAGGCGUCCUAGAGAUGACGCUAGAGUUAUUGAUGGAUCCAAACGUGCUCAUAAAACAACAGCUACGGCUGUUAAUCCACUCACUCCAAUUUAUAUACGUUGGCCAAAUGGAAUAGAGAAGCAGUUCCGCAGGUAUUGCAAAAGCUGUGGAUUACCAAUCUUUUAUCGUCACAGUGCAGAAAAUUCAACGACUGAAUUUAUUAUAAAGAAUGCAUUAAAACUUCAAGAUGAUCAAGCUGCAUUAUCUGCAUCUAUGUUAUGUCCGAAACGACCAACUGCUGCGAAGCAUAUUGAUGAAAGCUCUGCUAAUGCCAGAUUACUCGAAGCAUUAGCUGCUGAGGCGGCUGCCCUACAGCAAAGUGAAGCGUCGAAUAACGCCCCAUUGCGUCGAAGUGUUCAACAACAAGAAACUACUCAAGGCAUUGAUACCGCUGUCACUGUUUCUACUAUUGAAGAUGAAGAAGAGGAAGCCGAAGCAAAAGAAAUAGCAGAUUCGUAUGCAGCCAAUGCUCGUGUCAUUGAACAAGAAAUGAUUCGACGUGGCAUCAUAAAACGCCGUUUGGUUGAUGAGGCCAAUGAAGAGGCUCAACAAAGGCGAAUUCGAGGGACGUUAAUUGAAAAGCAAUAA